AACCACAACAAUAACAACAGCAGCAACAACAACAACAACAACAAAGUGCAAAAAACUCAGGCAAUCAAACUGCGAAGAAGCUCAAGUCCAGAGCAGCAGCCAGCUGACAAGCGUCUAAAACUGGAGCGGGAGAAUGGCAACAGCAACAUUAACAGCAACAGCAACAGCAACAAGAGCAAUGGCAGCAGCAAGCAGCAGCUGAAUGGACAUGCCAAAAGCACCGACUCCAGUGAAGAUGAAGACGAGCUGGACGAGGAGGAGGAGGAAAUGGAGCACGAGCAGGAGGAGGAGGAGGAGGACCUGGAGCUGGAUGAGCAGCAGGAAUCGCAGGAUCACGAGGAGUCACAGCAACGAGAGUCACAGGAGGCGGAGCCACAACAGGCGCUGGCGCCGCAUAGCAGCGCACUGGCAGCGCCGCCCACAGCGACCACGCCCCAAUCGCCCGAUUCGGCGGCAACAGCAGGACAAUUGUUCGAUAGCAGCAACAGCAGCGAUGCAUCCUCAAUGAAGAAGGCGCAAAUGAAUGCGUGCCAAGCGCUGGCCAAGAUUAGCAGCAACACCAAGGAGGAGGAGGAGGCGGCGGAGGCGGAGCCUGAAGAGGAGGAAGAGGAGGAGGAGGAGGCCCAGGCGGAGGUGGAGGAGGUUAAGCAUGCAGCUGACUCGGAUGAUGAUGAGAUGCCGCUGCAGCAACGACAACAGCAGCAUCACCAGCAACAUGCGCAUCAGCAACAUACGCAGCAGCAGCAGCAUCGUCGACAGCGACGCGACGCAGCGCCAACGGCGACUGCGACUGCGCUGCCAGCGGCUGCAGCGACGCCGACGCCAAUUGUAAUGAUGGCAACCAAAGCAAGCAAGAAACAAAGGCCGCCAACUCCGCCAGCAACAACAGCAGCAGCAGCAGCAACAACACUAGCAACAACAACAACAACAACGAACUGCGAAUUACAAAUCAAAAAGGAGAUUGUCUAAGCAGCAGCAGCCAACACACACACACACACACCCCUGCAGCCACGCCCCUGCCUCGAUCGCAAUUGCAAUUUCAAAUAACAAAAAAAAAAAGAAACAAAAAGAAAAAGAAAAAAAAGUUAGCCGUUAGAAUUAAGAGUUAAAAUCGUCUCUUUUUAACACACACACACACACACAGACACAGACACACAGACACAGACACAUUUAGCAAGCUUGCUUUCAGCUUAAGUCUAAACAUGAAAUUCGAUGCUCAAGGAUUAAACGCACAUAAUGCAGCAGCAGCGCCCGAUCGAUCGAUCAGAAGGGAGUUCUUAACAGUAGUAGUAGGAGGAACCCCCUGAGAACUUGAAAAGAUAAACCCCUUUUAAAAAUUUGUUAGCUUGUUUUGAUCUCACGUAUAACCACAAAAUUUGUUAGGCUUCCAAUUCGCUGUUCUAUCUAUAUAUUCUACACAUAUA